AUGUGUUUUGGCAUCAAUGUGGCUCCAACAAUAAUGACCACAAUUCUUCGGCAUGUGCUCAAUUUAAAUCCAACCGUAAAGAAAGCAUGUGAUAACUACAUUGAUGAUAUAUUUGUGGAUGAAAGUGUGGAAACUGCGAAAAAUGAAGCGAAGCAUCUGCUUAAAUUCGGAUUACAAUGUAAACCUCCACAAGAUCUUGAACAAGGACGUGUCUUAGGAUUGAGAGUCGAAAGAAAUAAAAACGGGGAACUGAUAUGGAAACGAGACAAUGUGGUACAAUUCGAAUCUUUAAAUGCAGUCACACGAUCACAGCUUUUCAGCCAGUUAGGCAAACUUAUUGGACAUUACCCGGUGGAAGGAAGUUUGCGUUUACAAGCUUCAUACAUGAAACGUUUAGCUGGAAAUAUACCUUGGUGUGAUUUUAUUUCUGAAGAUUGUAAAGAAAAACUGAAAGAGUUGCUUUACCGUGUGGAAAAAGAGGAUCCGGUUGGUGGAAAAUGGCUGGUACCAGUUAAUGGAAAAGCUGAGCUUUAUUGUGAUGCAUCAUCUAUAGGACUUGGGGUAGUUCUGCUCAUUGGUGGAGUAGUUGUUGAAGACGCGGCAUGGCUACGGCCAGCGAGUGACACACACCAUAUCAAUAUAAGUGAACUGGAUUCUAUACUUCGAGGACUAAACUUAGCUAGUAAGUGGGGCAUAAAAGAGUUAACAGAAGUGGCAAAAGAUAUUCAGAUCGCAGUACAAUGGAUUCCAUCUGAGAUAAAUUUGGCUGAUCGACUCUCACGAAUCCCUCAAAAAUGGUGCAGAACAGUGUGUGCAGCUGGAUUACUUGAACAAAAAGACAUAUGGAAAAUUCAUUCAAUUGGUCAUUUUGGUGUUGCUCGAACAUUACAACUUUGCUUGCGAAAUAAUCAGAAUGUAUCACGUAAGGAGGUUUCAGCAGUAAUUGCGAAUUGUAACCAGUGUAACUCCAUUGAUCCUUACUCCGUAAAGUGGAAGAAUGGCCAACUAAGCGUAGAAAAAAAUUGGAAUCGGGUUGCCAUUGACGUGACGCAUGUAGGUGCUGAACUUUACUUAUCAAUGAUUGACUGUGGUCCAUCACGGUAUACAAUAUGGCGUAAACUUGCAACUAAAGCAGCUGCUGAAGUUGUUGGUAGACUCGAAGAAAUAUUCUCUUUAUUUGGUCCGCCAGUAUGUCUUCUAAUGGACAACGAAUUUCGGUCCAACACGUUAUUAAGUUUUGCUGAAGAAUGGCAUGUCAAUUUGGAAUAUCGAGCAGCACAUCGAGCUCAAGGUAAUGGUAUAGUUGAACGUAUACACAGAACAUUAAAAAAUUACUGA